CACGGCAACUAAGACGGUGGUGAGUGGACUCCCCAAGACUAGUUCUCUCGAUUACCACCAAUUCGAGAAGAUUCGGGGGACGUGGAGCAGAUACAGAGCACUCUGCCGCGGCGCGUUGGAAUGAUCUAGAUCUCUAUCUUCUACCAUAAAUACGUUUACUUUGUUAUCUGUUUCGAUUUAUUUGACCGAUCUACCAAUACAAUUUGCAUACCUAGCGUGUUUAUUUGUUAGUUUGAGGCGAAGCAUCUGGUGCAGUGAAAAUGAGCGGAAGGCAAGUCCCAAAGGCGAAGACGAAGGAGGACGGGGAUUUGGUGGAUAUUAAUCCGCGGCCUCACCUGCAAGAAUACCAGAGACAGAAGAAUGUACAGAGAGGAGUGGAGCGGCUGGAUCGGCACUCUUCGAAGGGAUACCUAGGGCUUCCUUCAAAGAAAGGCCAUGGCGGAAAGUACACAUGGGAGGGCCCUAAUCCCGAUGGCAUUGUUGAUCUUCCUCCCGAUGCUUUAGACGAGGGCGAUCCCAAUUACAUCGACGAAGCGCAGGAAGAAGGAGAGAGGGGGUUUGUUGAAGCGGCCAAAGCCCCUGCUGCUCCGCAGGGGGUCGCUAGGGUUGAGAUCGUUCAAACCCUAAAACAUCCCAACCCUGCCUUUUAAUCACUCGGCUCUCUGUUAUUUCUUUCUGUUGUUGAGAUGUUUUUAGCUCUGUAAAGGUCUGCUUGUAAAGGAAUGAAAUUUCUCUGUUUCGUUAGGGUUUUUAACGUACUGAUGCUAUUUUCCAUCAGGUAGCCCAAGGUUUUGUCUGUAUGGGCAUAUGAUUUCCCCAGUUCACUCUUUCUGAUGAACCGACAUCUCCACCAAAUGUAUUUGCCAUGUCUACUUGGUGUAACAGUUUUAUUUGAAAAUUGUUCAUAACAGAUUUUUGGUUUCUUGUUAA